GCUCCAUACCAUUAGAACUGCACCAGUUAACGAUGUUAUUUAGUGAGCAUUGCAGGGCUUUACCUGAAUGAACCUUAUCAAAAAUCUUUAUGUCAUCAGCAUAUAUGAGGAAGUUUGGUUCAGCAGGAUGCUGUGGGUGGCGAUUCUCCUCUUAGGGGCCUCCUUGGUUUCAGCUCUCAUAGAUAACAUUGGCCCCUGUGACGUCACGGUUAUUACUGAAGGCAAUUUCAGCUUAGAACAGUUUUCAACAGAAAACAAUGGUAUCUGGACUUACGUCAAGGUUCCAUCCACAGAAAGUACCGAAUACCUUGAGUCAAUGAUCUAUACUAUUACACCAACUGAAUGCUACGGACAGUAUCACGUAAUAAUUUAUUACAAAAACUAUGGUGAUCAGGAAUACAAACUGUUCACUGAUGAGGACGCUUUUGACUCAACUAACGGACACAUAACUUCAAUUACAAGAGGGGAGCCGAGAAUUGUACUAAGAAUUUAUUUCCUAAAGUACGUGCCUGGCAGGUACGUCUAUUUCUACAUCUGCAGUGAUGGAGGAGGUGAGAAAAACGUGGACUAUAGAUACGUAAUGGCUCACGGACCUUUGAGCGAUGAUGACAAGUCGGACAUACAAUGCCUGGAAGAACAGUUCCAAUUUUCUGGAGUUCUAAAAGACAUCUAAAAGUGUGCAUUAUUUACACCAAGUUAGUAUAUAUGUAAUACUUGUAUCUUUUGAGGAAAUAUGUUCAUUAAAACUAUCAAUUCAUA